UGUUCACUAACUGCAUCAAAGCUGGGAUUUGGUCACCAGAUCUAUAUAAUAUGCAAGUCUAAGGUGCAAACUGCCAGUGCGGCGGCCUUCCCGGCCCUUCCAGGUCAGUCGGUCGUGCGCGUUAGCCUUGUACAUUCGAAUUUCACCACUUCUCUGACCACUACUAUCUAAGCGCUGUCUCUUUUUUACUGGCCAUGCUAGGGUGUCUACUUUUUGGCGAUACCGAGCCGCUGUGCCCAUGUGCUGCCAGCACAUUCUUCUGCAUAGCGCCAUGCGGUAUUGCUGUUCUUGUUAGUGCCCAUGUGACUCUAGUGUCCGACUCAAGUCUAUAUCUCCAUGGACAUCACUUAAAAGUAGUAUAAAUGGCCUAUGGGCCUCUUGCAAGCACCCGGCAACCUGCCUCGUAGUCAUGCAGCCGUUCUCUUGCUGGGCCCUUCUGUUUGUGGCCCUCGUCGCGGCCAGCAGGUCGACCUCAUCCUUGGUCACCAUCCCGUUGACGAAGCUUGACCGCACUGGUUCGUACCUCCAAGGGUCCCCGCAUGCCGAUCGUGCCCGAGCGUCAUUUUUGAAGACCCGAACAACCAGCGGUUCAACGACCGUCCCGGCUUCAAAUUUGGCAUACAUGCAGUACACCACGAGUGUUGGCGUUGGCAGCCCCGCCACCUACUACAAUUUGGUCGUUGACACGGGGAGCUCCAACACCUUUAUCGGAACAGGUAAAACGUAUGUCCGUACGUCAACCAGUGCCCCCACUGGACAACAUGUCAAUGUAACCUAUGGACUUGGUUUUUUCACUGGCGUGGAAUACUCUGACACAGUCACUCUUGCACCCGACCUCGUCAUCGCGAACCAGUCUAUUGGCGAUGCUCUUCAAUACGCAGACUUUGAAGGCGUUGAUGGUAUCAUUGGCGUCGGACCAGUUGAUCUCACGAAUGGCACCCUGUCACCUGAUAAUACGUUGAUCCCAACCAUCAUGAAUAACGCCUUGAAGCAGGGUCUGAUCAAAAAGGAAAUUCUCGGUGUUUUGUUCGCGCCGCCCGCAACUUAUAAUGACACUAACGGAGUGAUUACAUAUGGUGGCAUUGACCAUGCUCUCUACACUGGUAAAAUGAGCUACGCUCCAGUUACCGAGACUUACCCAGCAUCCUUAUUCUGGGGCAUCAACGUGACUGAGUUGACAUGUGGUACACAUACCGUCAUUCCCCAGUCAACCGCUGGCAUUGUCGACACGGGUACCACUCUGGUUCUCCUUGCGGAUGAUUUCUUUGACGUGUACUUAGACGCCAUUCCCGGCGCCUACCUCGAUGACGACAACAAUACUGGCCUCCUUGUCAUCCCCUCUUCCUCCGUCGCGGAUAUGCAACCCCUUAACUUCAAGAUCGGCGACACCGUAUUCAGCAUGGAUAUAGCUGCACAGCUAGUCCCAUUGGACCAGAACACUGCUUGGGGUGGCCAGGCUGGCGUACAGUACGGCGUUGUCGGUAAACUCGGCACUGACAGCGGCGGUGGUCUCGAUUUCAUCAUCGGACAGAAGUUUAUGGAGAAGUAUUAUGCUGUUUUCGACGCUCAUAGCAACCGCGUUGGCUUUGGGUACACUAAUCACACCUUCUCAAAGUACUCGCCUUGAGUCGAACCAUCACCACUUGGGGAAUAAGCGAUACGAGCUGGGCAACACUACCAUCGCAUGUUCAAGUUAGAGUUGUUGACGACGCCAUGGACAGCAGAUCGAAGUUUGACCUGCUAAGUCAGAAAUGGCCAGAAGUCGAUAUAUAAGCGAGGGUCGUGGGUGUAUAUGGGUGUCCCCAAAAUGAGGGGUCCAUCUGCAAAACCACUGAAAUGAACGCUUACGACUUCAGUACAGUCGAAAUUCUCAUAAUGCAUAAUGUUGGUCCCCCAAU